AUGAAUCCAGACUGGUGGGGUAUUCCAUCCAAUACGGAGAGCAAAUAUAGAAGCACGAGUUUAUCGCCAUCAUGGGCCGAAUCUCCCACUUCCUCGUCUUCAUCCAAAGCGAGUUCAAUUACGGCAGAGCAAUGGGCAUCGGUUACUAACCAAAAUCAAAGUGAACCGAAAAUGGCUAGAAAUAUGUAUGGUGAUCUAGUACCAGUUGCUCAGCUACCAGUAAGAACUGUAGUCAGGCAGGAACUGCGUUUUAUGCCGAAAUUGUCAAAAAAUGUCAGCAAUGGUGAGUCCUCAGGAAAUGAUGAUAGUUCUGAACAUGACAGUAGUUCAGUUGAAGACGUUUCAACUUCAGUUGAAGACGUUUCAACUUCAGUUGAAGAUGUUACAACUUCAAGUUCAAGUUCAAGCGAGGAUGGAUCAGAAUAUGAAUCAACAAGGGAGGUUGUUGAUUCUGAGGCAAAUGAGUCAACAUCUGAGAGUGAUUCCAGUCAGGAGAAUAUUGCUGCCAUUGAUGGAGAAGAAAAUGGAAAAAAGACAAAAAUGUCCCAUGAAAGAAUGAUGGUGAAAGAAUGUGGUUGA